UAUAAAGCUUCAGUGCAUCUUUAAGAGAUUGUGAUCUAUUGCCUGGUUCUCAACGACCAAACAUAUGGAACUGGUUAUUUUCCCUGAUCAUGUAAGCUUUGGUACCGUUCCGGGAUAGAGAAAUAAACGGCAGGAGGUAUGAAAGCGAGAACACUUGCAUCAUACGUUGUACAGAGGAGUCUAAUUGUACAUUGUACAGAGGAGUCUAAUUGUAUUAAACACUUGCAGGGUAGGAUCACUUUAUAUCACACAUUAGGAUUUGAGAUAUAUAUUACAAGACACCAAAGGAAUUAAUCAAUGAUGUUAAGUAGAUGAACCAGACAAGACACCAAAGGAAUUAAUCCACACAUCUUGACAUUUUCUUUUGAUUUUUUGUAAUUGUGCUUUACUGCGUCUAACUAUGAUGUAAAAUAACGGAUUCAAACAAUCAAAAGUAAGAACAAUUCCAAGAAGUAAAAACGCUCUUGGUGUCAAAAUCUUCUUGAGUAGACAUCGAUAUGAACAUUGUCCAAGUAUUUUACAUUUCUUUAUUUGUUGCUUGAAUUAACAAAUGAGACUUCUUUUCCUGUUUGGAAUGAAAAAUUAAAGAAUAUCAGUUCUUGUGGUACUAAUUCUGGCAGCCUUAUUUUACACCAUCAUCUUUUAUACAAAAAGGGUAAGGUCGCCCAUAACUAUGUCAUAUGCAUAGUUACCAGGUGUACUAAGCAAGUGUGUUGGGUUUAGUUGCAUGUAAUUAACUCAAAAUAGAACUGGUCAAAUAGAACAGCACUAGAGUACUUUCCGCUAAAAUUACUUCAAACAUGUAAUUUACAAUAUUAAGAAAAUAAAAGAUAUUUUAUUUGUUUUCUCGAAGUCAUAUUAGACUUCUUCUGAUUUCUAUAGAACAAAGGAAUCAGCAUUUAAAAUUCUGAAACUAAACAGUUAGCCGUUUCUUUGGUCAAAACGCUUGCUUACGUGCACCCACCCUCAAGAGCAUCAAAGCAAGCUUGACAGAGCAUGGACACCUGAGUUUAUGGUCAAGCAAGAUGUCUUUGCACCAUCUAUUCGCUUGUUGUAGUUACCAACUGCACUUCGUUGAGAUAUGUUCAUUUCCCUGUUUUUUGUUGCUCCAUUCUUUGCAAAAUAAACUAUAAUUUAGUUGACUAAGACACACAGCUUGACAUAUUCUUUAGAUUUUGUGUGUCUGCGCUUUUUUGUUCUACAAUUGAUGUAAAAUAAGAGAUUCAAACAAUCAAAAGUUAGAACAGUUCCAAGAAGUAGAGCAGAAUCAUUCUUGGUCAAACUCUUCUUGAGAGCAGCCAUCUCUAUAAAUGUUUGGGAGUUCUCGAUAUUAGUCUCCAAUUACAUUUCAUCUCUUUCUCUUUCUUUGUGGCUUGAGGUUUGAAAUGGAACUCCUUUUUAUGCUUGGAAUGAAGAAUUACAGAAUUUUUGUGGUGCUAACUCUGCUAAUAAUUCUCAAUGGGCAGAGCAGUCUCGGGGCAAGAGCUGGUGCGGACAGAAAGGUUCAUAUAGUGUAUUUGGGUGAGAAGCAGCAUGAUGAUCCUGAGUUUGUCACAGAUUCUCAUCAUCAGAUGUUGUGGUCUCUUCUUGGAAGUAAAGAGGAUGCUCAUGAUUCUAUGGUGUACAGUUACCGACAUGGCUUCUCAGGUUUUGCAGCCAAGCUUACCAAGUCCCAAGCCAAGCAAAUAGCAGAUUUACCUGAGGUGGUUCACGUCACACCUGAUAGUUUCUACGAACUGACAACAACUCGUACGUGGGACUACUUAGGACUUUCAGCCGCCACUCCGAAAAAUCUUCUAAAUGACAGUAAUAUGGGUGAAGAAGUUAUCAUUGGCGUUGUGGACACAGGAGUAUGGCCAGAAUCUGAAGUCUUUAACGACAAUGGUAUUGGACCGGUGCCAAAACACUGGAAAGGAGGCUGUGAAUCAGGAGAGGAUUUCAACUCCUCUCACUGCAACAAAAAGCUCAUAGGAGCCAAAUAUUUCAUCAAUGCGUUUCUUGCGGACAACGAAAGCUUCAACGAGACAGAAUCACUAGACUUUAUUUCCCCUAGAGACUAUGAUGGUCAUGGCACACAUGUCGCCACCAUAGCAGGUGGUUCGGUCUUGCCCGGCAUAAGCUACAAGGGCUUAGCCGGAGGGACGGUGAGAGGCGGGGCCCCUCGUGCUCGAAUAGCAAUGUACAAGGCUUGUUGGGACGAUUCUGGUUGUUAUUCAGCUGACAUCUUGAAAGCUAUGGAUGAAGCUAUACAUGAUGGUGUCGAUGUUUUGUCCCUCUCUCUUGGCUAUCGAGUUCCUUACUUCCCAGAAACUGAUGUUCGAGAUGCGAUAGCUACAGGGGCAUUCCAUGCCGUUUUAAAGGGUAUCACAGUUGUUUGUUCAGGUGGUAACUCUGGCCCAGCUGCUCAGACUGUGGGAAACGCGGCCCCUUGGAUCUUGACAGUGGCUGCAACUACUUUAGACCGGUCCUUCCCCACACCUCUUACACUUGGGAACAAUAAAGUCAUAUUGGGUCAAGCAAUGUACACAGGUCCAGAACUUGGUUUCACUGGCUUGGUUUACCCAGAGAAUCCAGGGAACAGCAACGAAAGUUUUUCUGGUACCUGUGAGUUUCUCGACAUCAAUUCUAAUAGUACAAUGCGGGGAAAGGUCGUGUUGUGCUUCACAACAGCAAAACGUUCCGGGGCUGUAUUAAGCGCUGCAAGUUAUGUGAAGAAUGCUGGUGGUGUUGGAGUUAUUAUCGCAAGAAACCCAGGAGAUACUCUCUCCCCAUGUCUUGAUGAUUUCCCUUGCGUUGCUGUUGACUACGAGCUGGGGACAAAUAUACUUCUCUACAUACGUUCCACUGGAUCGCCUGUUGUGAAGAUACAUCCUUCUAAAACACUCAUUGGACAACCAGUUGGUACGAAGGUGGCAGAGUUCUCAUCAAGAGGACCUAAUUCAAUUGCCCCUGCGAUCCUUAAACCAGAUAUAGCAGCACCAGGAGUGAGCAUACUAGCAGCUACAAACACUAACACCACUUUCAACGACCGAGGAUUCAUUAUGCUGUCCGGAACAUCAAUGGCGGCUCCUGCCAUUUCAGGUGUUGUUGCACUUCUCAAAGCUACACACCGUGAUUGGUCUCCUGCUGCCAUUAGAUCAGCCAUUGUCACUACAGCUUGGAGAACAGAUCCAUCUGGAGAGCGGAUUUUUGCAGAAGGGUCACCCCGGAAGCUAGCUGAUCCGUUCGACUAUGGUGGAGGUCUUGUGAAUCCAGAGAAAGCAGCAAAACCAGGUCUUGUAUAUGACUUGGGCAUCGAAGACUAUGUUCUCUACAUGUGCACUGUUGGUUAUAACGAGUCAUCAAUCUCUCAGCUUGUCGGUAAAGGAACAGUGUGCUCGAAUCCCAUACCUUCCGUACUUGAUUUCAACUUGCCUUCCAUCACAAUCCCAAACCUCAAAGAAGAAGUUACUCUCACCAGAACCCUCACUAAUGUUGGACCAGUCGAUUCGGUCUAUAAAGUAGCGGUUGAGCCACCGUUGGGAGUUCAAGUGACUGUGACACCAGAAACGCUAGUGUUCAACUCAACCAACAAAAAGGUCUCUUUCAAAGUGAGAGUCUCGACCACACACAAAACCAACACAGGCUAUUACUUUGGAAGCUUGACUUGGAGUGACUAUGUGCAUAACGCUACAAUUCCUUUGUCUGUGAGAACCCAGAUUAUGCAGAAUUACUAUGAUGAGAAUUGAACUUCUCUCUAGUAACUAUUAUUCCCCAAAGUUGAAUAAUUGAUAAUGAUGGAAGUU